AUGAAUGAGUCGUUCAUGGUGAACGAGUCGUUUGUGGUGAACGACUCGUCUGUGACUCCCGCGAGCGGAGAGUCUCUCCCGUGGAUAGAGGCGGAGUCGUCUGGCCACAACGGCAGCUUGGAAUUCUCCACCGCCCCGUUCGAUUUUCCCAUCAACCCAUGGGACAUUAUGCUGUGCAUGUCCGGCACCGUCAUCGCCUGUGAGAACGCCAUAGUGGUAGCCAUCAUCUUCUACACGCCCACUUUGAGGGCUCCCAUGUUCGUGCUGAUUGGGAGCCUGGCUACAGCAGACCUGCUGGCCGGCAUGGGAUUAAUCCUGAACUUUGUGUUUCAGUACGUCAUCUCCUCUGAGACCAUCAGCCUCAUCACAGUGGGCUUUCUAGUGACGUCUUUCACUGCUUCCAUCAGCAGUCUUUUGGCCAUCACUGUGGACCGUUACUUCUCCCUCUACAAUGCCCUGACGUACUUCUCAGAGAAGACGCUGCAGUACGUGCACCUCAUGCUGAUUGGGACUUGGGGGGUGUCUCUGUUGCUGGGCUUGCUGCCGGUGCUCGGCUGGAACUGCCUGCACGAGCCGGCUUCCUGCAGCAUUGUCCGCCCUUUGACCCGGACCAAUGUCAUGCUCUUGGCCACCUCCUUUUUCACCAUCUUCGUGCUCAUGCUAACCCUCUACUUUAAGAUCUGCAAGAUUGUGUGCCACCACGCCCACCAGAUUGCCCUCCAACAGCACUUCUUCGCCACGUCUCAUUACGUCGCCACCAAAAAAGGCGUAUCCACUUUAGCCAUCAUCUUGGGGACUUUUGGCGCCAGCUGGCUCCCUUUUGCCAUCUAUUGUCUGGUUGGUGAAAAGGAGUAUCCGUCAGUGUACACGUAUGCUACACUGCUUCCAGCAACCUACAACUCCAUGAUCAACCCCAUCAUCUAUGCCUACAGAAACACAGAGAUCCAGCGCUCCAUCUACAUGCUUCUCUGUGGCUGCUUUCAGGCAAAAGCAUACCGCUCCAGGUCGCCGAGUGAGGUCUAA